CAAAAGCAUCCAUAUUACACAUGAUGAUGACUUAUUACAUCAUUUUUGUUCUUCUAUCAUUGACGACAACAACAGUAUUAGUUUCGGGACAACAACAUGAAAACAUCAUUAUCAACAAUAACAACAACAAUGUAUCGAAUAUAAUCAACAGUAGAUGGUCAAAUUAUCCGAUAUAUAAUAAUCAUAAUGACAAUGGUGUUGAUGUUCAUAGUUCAUCAUCGUUAUCAUCGUUAUCAUCAUCUUUGUUACCGAAACAUUUUAAAUUAUUAUCUUCGCCUUUGAUUACACAAACAUCAGCUAUUCAAUCAUCAUUAUCAUCAACAACUAACCAGAACCAAUUCAUCAAUGUUGAUGAAUUUCGAACCAAUAUAUCUAAACAAUUUAAUUUCAUAUGCAAUACACAAUUCGGUUAUUAUCCUGAUCCAGGAAAUUGUUCAUCAUAUUUUAUUUGUUCAUUUGGUAUACCAUUACAUAAAAAUUGUUCAAAAGGAUUAUAUUUUUCAAUACGUUUACAGACAUGUGAUUGGCCUGCUAAUGUACAAUGUGAACAAGAUUAUUUAUCGUUGAAUGCUAAAACAUCAAUGUUCAAUGUAAUUGACGAGCCCAAAUCAUCAACAAGUAUUGUUACAACAACAACAACAACACCGUUACCAUUAUUAUCAUCAUCAGAUUCAGCACCUUUAUUAUCGAAUAGUUAUACAGCUUCUCCUUCCAAUAAUCAUAUAACCACUUCGCCAACAACAACAUUAACAUACCGGAACAUUUCUGAAUAUUUAAGAGAUUUUUUUAAUAAAAAAAGUAACAUUGGUAGUAGUAUAAAUCAUCAUUACCCGACAUUACAAUCAUCAUCACCAUUAUCAUCGAAAUCAACUUUAAUAAGAAACUUAACUAGCUUAAAUUUAACACCACCAUUGAAUAGUUUGGAGAAACAUAAUUAUGAUUCGAAAUUAUUGAAUAAACUAUCACCAACAUAUGUUGUUGAUGGUUUUGAAGUUCCGCCGGCUUCAACAACAACAACAACAACAAAUAAAAAUUUAAAUGGAUUGGAUAAAUUUACUUCACACCUAUCAACAUUUACUAAUAAUAGUCGUAUUAAUAAUGCUAAAUUUAUUGAAAUAAGUAAACUAAAAAAUGAUAUGAAUGAAAAUCGAACACAAAACAACAAUCAACAAUUUCAAAAACGUCAAGGAUUUGAACCAUAUUGGACAGAAACGGGUUAUUUUACGAUUGAUGAUGAUGAUGGUGAUAAUGAUGAUGAUGAUAAACGUAUCAAUCCAUUUACAAUUUACAAUGAUCAAUCAACACCAAAAAGUUAUUUUAAUGAUCAUCAUCAUCAUGUUGAUCUACAUUUGAUAUCAACAAAUCCAUAUAUAAAUGAUAAUGAUAAUAAUAAUAAAAAAAGACCGGAACCAUUAUAUUGGAUAAGUAACAAUAAUCCUUCAUUACAAUCGAGAAGUAUCGAUUCAAAUCAGCCAAGACAACAACAACAAUAUUCAAAUCAAAAUAUAUUUCGAUCAUCAUUCAAUGGCUAUGAUGGAAAAAAUUCAUUGAAAAAAGAUUCAGCCAUCGAUGGUAAACUAACAACACUGAAGCCACUACGAAGAAAAAUACCCGAACUUUAUAUAAAAAUUGUAUCGAAUGAUAAUUUUUCAACACCUUUUAUGUCAGUAAAUAAUAAUAAUAAUAAUAAUGGCCAAACAAAUCGAGGAUUGAUUGUGCUGUCGAAACAACCAUCACCAUCAUCGAAAGCAAAAGCAGAGAAAAAACUUAAUUAUGAAAUUAAUGAAAGAUUACUUGCACCAUUCAAACAUAAAACCAUUGAAGAAGAUAGACUAUUUAGUAUGAUACGUUCAGACAACAAUAUUAAGAAUGCGGAACCAAAACAUCGUAAUCAUAAUGGCAAUGUCAAUGAACAACAACAAAAAAUUGUUUAUUCGGAUGGAUUUAAUCGUUAUACAGAUCAAAAAACUACUGCUAUUCCAACAUAUAAAAUGAUUAAUCAGGUAACACAUGCAAGUAGAUUUAGGAAAAAAAUUAUUCGUAAAAAGAAAAUGAAUUAUCAACCAACAUCAUCUUUAUCAUCAUUGUCACCACCAUCAUCGGCAAUGGCUGCCAGUUCUUCAUCAUCAUUAACAAACGUUUAUGGUCAUCAUCCAUCUACAAAACUUUUAACAGGAACAUUGGUGACCAGUUCAUUCAAUAAUAACAAUGAACAAAAAAUACGAAGAAAUAGUCGACCACCACUUUAUAAAAGUUUAGAUAAAGCUACUACAUUACCAUUUAAUUAUCCACAUAAUACAUCGCCACGAAUUUGGACUCCAUCAUCAUCAUCAUCAUCGUUUAUGAAUUUUUCACCAACAACAUCGGCUCCUAUUAUUGAAUAUACAUCGGAUAAUAUACCAUCGAUUGAACGUUUAGCUUCAACAACAUUAAAACCAACACAACGAAAUCGACCACAACAAUUACAUGAAACAAUAGGUAUAUAUAGGAAAAAUAAUUCAUCAAAUAAAAAUGAUAAUAUCAAUCAUCAUCAUAAUAAACUAUUAAUGAAAUCAAUGAAUAAUGAUAAAACUGAAAGUGUAAUGGUUGUACCAAUGGAUUCUAAUUCAAAUAAAUAUUUAAAUCUUGCACAAUAUAAUAGUUAUGUUGUGAUGCCCAAUAGCUAUUAUAAUAAUGAAAAUAAUAAAAAUAGUCAAACAUCUAAAAAUGAUGAAAUUCAAAAACAAUUCAAAAAUCCUAUCGAUACAUUAGAAGAGUUUAUUAAGAAAACUAUAAAAGAUGUUGCCAAGAUAGAGCCACAAAAGUAUUCUGUCACUUCAUCAUCGAUGACAACAACAACAACAACAACGCCGCUUCCACCGCCAUCAAUGUUGGCCACAACAAUUUUGCCAAAUACGCCUCAAGGUUUUGAAACGAAAAAAGAACAAGUUUAUAAAAAAAUUAAAGCCAUUAAUGGAUAUCGAAGAAGUCGUAAAUAUCGUCCAUUAAUAUCAUUAGAUCAAAAUAUUUCAACAAAAAAAUCAAAUAUAACAAAUUCUCAUCAUGAACAAAAAUCAGAUAUUGUUACAUUCACUAAUCGAAAUAAUAGUAAAAUCAUCAAUCUGUCUGAUCCAAGCACUAUUACUGUAUAUGAAACAUUAAAAAAUAAUGAUGUUGAUCAAGAACGAACAUCAUCAUUAUACAAAACGAUAGAUGAUCAAUGGUCAUUGACCACUACUUCAAGUCCUUUAUUGACAAAAUUGACUUAUGGUGAUCGAUCAAUAUCGUCGAUUAUUCCAACAACCAUUAGGCCCGAAAAUUGGAAAGAAAAUAUUGAUAUACCAACCGAUAUGAAUACAAUACCGAUAACCAGUACAACAAAAUCACCACUAUAUACAUUGAAUAAACCAAAAAAUAAAACAAAAAUUGGAAUAAAAAUUCGUUUGCCUUCAAGUUCAACUUCAACAACAUCCACAACAACAACUGUACCAAUGAUAACCAUGUUACCGAAAACAGGUCCAACACCAAAGAAUUACACAGAAUAUAAUUACUAUGAUUAUGAUAAUUAUGAUAAUGUUCAAGAUUAUAACUAUGAUGAUGAAUAUUAUAAUAAUAUGUUGAAUGAAGGUAAAAUAUCAACAACCACUUCAACAACAACGACAACAACAACUACAACUACUUUAGCACCGCCAUCAUCAUCCAUUUCUUCAUUAUCAUCAUUUCACAUGAAUAACAGUAUUAAAAGACAAAACGUAACAAGACAAGGCAAAAAACCACUUAUUUAUCUUAGGAAUAAACCUCGACCUACAAUUCGUCGUUUAAUUAUAAAAGAUCCUGGUGAGAAUAUGAAAAUAAUUUCAGCAUCACGACCACAACCAUUAUAUCCACAACCAAAAGCAUUGGUAACGGCAAAUAAAUGCGAUAAACGUAAAUGUCGUUUACCUGAUUGUCGAUGCGGUAGUUCCGACAUUCCUGGCAAUUUUUCCAGCAAACAAAUCCCACAACUUGUUAUGUUGACAUUUGAUGAUGCAGUUAAUGAUCUAAAUUGGGAUCUUUAUGAAGAGUUAUUAAAUUCAGGACGAAAAAAUCCUAAUGGUUGUCCAAUUAAAGCAACAUUCUAUGUUUCACAUGAAUGGACUGAUUAUGGACAAGUUCAAACAUUAUAUUCUAGAGGUCAUGAGAUUGCAUCACAUACUAUUUCGCAUCGAUUUGGUGAAAAAUUUUCCAAAGAUGAAUGGAUCAAAGAAAUAAAUGGACAACGAGAAAUAUUAAAUUUAUAUGGUGGUGUUAAAUUUGAAGAUAUUCGUGGUAUGAGAGCACCUUUUUUACAGACUGGAGGCAACAAUAUGUUUGAAAUGUUAUAUGAAACUAAUUUCACUUACGACUCAUCAUUACCAGUUCAAGAGAAUCAUCCAGCCUUUUGGCCAUAUACACUUGAUUAUGCAUUAUCACAUAGUUGUAACAUACCACCUUGUCCAACAAAAUCGUUUCCAGGUGUUUGGGAAGUUGGUAUGAUUAUGUGGACCGAUUUACGUGGUGGCCGAUGUUCGAUGGGAGAUGCUUGCACAAAUCCAUCGGAUGAAAAUGGUGUUUACGAAAUGUUAAUCAAAAAUUUUAACAGACAUUAUAAAAAUAAUCGUUCACCAUUUUCAUUAUAUUAUCAUAGUGCAUGGUUUAAUGUACAACAUCAUCGAAAAGGAUUUCUUCGUUUUUUGGAUGAAAUUUUACAACAUCAAGAUGUUUAUAUGACAACAACAUGGCAAAUGUUACAAUGGGUUCGACAACCAGUAUCAUUAGAUCAAUUAAAUUCAUUUGAACCAUUUCAAUGUAACAAACAAGAAAAACCAAUACGUGAAUGUACACGUGCAAAUAUUUGUAAUGUUCAUUCAAAACAAGGAUCGCGUACAUUACGUACAUGUCAAGAAUGUCCAACAACAUUUCCAUGGAUAGGUAAUACAGGAUUUUCCAAAUCCAAAUAUGGCUAAAACAAAACAGAACUGAAUUAAUUAAUUUGUUUGAUUUGAUUUCAAAAAAAAUUUGUGGCAAACAAAAAUCAAUUGUGAUCAUUUUAAUUGUUAUCAUUUUUAAAGAUUGCCAUUGUCAUUUUUAUUGACAUGUCAAUUGCACUAGU